AUGGCGUUUUGUUCUUCAAAAGCGUCAUUACAUGUCCUCUUCUAUUUCUUAUUCGCCAUUUAUUUUCUUAGUUUUGAGCAUUGCUGUGUUGAUGCAAACUCAAACCUAAUUGUGCAUGAUGCCACCAAUGUUUCCCGUAAAGCAAUUCCUGACACUUUCCUUGGAGUAUUCGUUGAGGAGAUUAAUCAUGCUUGUGCUGGAGGACUGUGGGCAGAACUUGUUCGCAAUAGAGGGUUUGAAGCUGGAGGCCCGAAAAAUAUUUAUCCCUGGUCAACUAUAGGAAAUGAAUCAUUAAUUUCUGUAUCAAUUAAUCAUAGCUCAUGCUUUGAGCGUAAUAAAGCUGCGUUACAAAUGAACGUGUAUUGUAAUGAUCACAAUCCUUGUCCAAGUGGUGGCGUUGGUAUUUCCAACCCUGGUUAUUGGGGCAUGAAUAUUGAGCAAGGGAAAAGAUACAAGGUGGUGUAUCAUAUCAAAUCAGAAGGAGACUUUAAUAUUCUACUUUCAUUGUCUGGUGUUGAUGUCAUAGAGAUGUUAUCAAAUAUUACGCAAAUUUCUGAAGAUGGAAAAUGGAGAAGGGUGGAGACACUGGUAGAAGCAAACGCUACCAAUCACUUUUCAAGUCUUCAAAUAACCACAACCAAGGAAGGGACUUACCUGUUUGACCAAAUCUCAGUCAUGCCAUUGGACACUUACAUGGGUCAUGGCUUCCGAAAGGAUCUUUUUCAAAUGGUGGCAGAUUUAAAACCAAAGUUUAUGAGAUUUCCUGGUGGCACCUAUGUUGAAGGUGAUCAUCUGCAAAACAGAUAUCAGUGGAAAGAUACAAUUGGACCAUGGGAAGAGAGACCUGGUCACUACAAUGAUAUCUGGAACUAUUGGAGUGAUGAUGGAAUUGGUUAUUUUGAAUAUCUACAACUAGCAGAGGACCUUGGUGCAUUGCCCAUAUGGGUGUUCAACGCUGGUUUAAGCCGUAAUGAACAAAUUAAUAAAUCAGAUAUAGCACCUUACGUGCAAGAUGCCCUUGACGGCAUCGAGUUCGCUAGAGGCUCUCCUGGAUCAAAGUGGGGUUCUGUUAGAGCUGGAUUGGGACAUCCUAAACCAUUUGAUUUGAGAUAUGUUGCCAUUGGAAAUGAAGAUUGUGACUUUUCUAAUUAUCAAGGAAAUUACCUUAUAAUUCAUGAUGCUAUAAGAUCUGCCUACCCAGAUAUUAAAAUAAUCUCAAAUUGUGAUGCUUCUGGCGCACUAUUAAACCAUCAAGCUGAUUUGUUUGAUUUUCAUACUUACACAAACUCCAAAGACUUAUUUUCUAAGUCUACUCAGUUCGAUCGCACGUCACGAUCUGGUCCAAAGGCUUUUGUGAGUGAGUAUGCUGUAUGGCGAGAAGAUGCUGGAAAUGGAAGUCUUCUAGCUGCAGUAGCUGAAGCUGCAUUUCUUAUUGGCCUUGAAAAGAAUAGUGAUAUUGUGGACAUGGUUGCUUAUGCACCACUUUUCUCAAAUAUAAACGACAGGAAAUGGAUUCCCGAUGCAAUUGUGUUCGACUCUUAUCAGCUGUAUGGAACACCCAGCUAUUGGGUGCAAAAGCUUUUUGUUGAGUCUAGUGGAGCAACAUUUCUUCCCUCAACACUCAACACAAAUUCAUCUAAUCAAUUAAUUGCAUCUGCAAUUACUUGGAAAAAUUCUACAGAUAACAAAAAUUACAUAAGAAUAAAGGUAGUUAACUUCGGAACAGCCACAGAGACAAUCGACAUAGGCAUAGAUGGGUUCCCAGAGACACAACGAUUUGGUUGUAUAACGACAGUGCUUACAUCAACCAAUUUAAUGGAUGAGAAUUCAUUCGCACAGCCUACGAAGGUGGUGCCACUAAGAAGUUCGGAAGAGAAUGUUGGAAGCAAGAUAGAAGCAAUUCUCUCACCCUAUUCAGUGACAUCAUUGGAUUUAAGUUAUUAGAAGACAAUUCAACACAGG